AUGAGCAACCCUAAAGUCGCUGAGAACAUGCUCUGGGGAGGCCGGUUCACCCAGGGCCUCGAUCCCCUCAUGGUGCAGUAUAACGAGUCCCUUCCCUACGACCGAGUGUUCUGGAAGCAGGACAUCGCAGGCUCAAUUGCCUUUGCCCGUGCAAACACCAAGAACGGGAUCCUGACCGCACACGAGUUCGCCGAGAUCGAGCGCGGCUUCCAGCAGAUCGCCGAGGAAUGGCGCACAAACACUUUCGUCGCCAAGGAGAACGACGAGGAUAUCCACACUGCCAACGAGCGUCGUCUGGGCGAGAUCAUUGGCAAGGAGAUCGGCGGAAAGUUGCACACCGGCCGGUCGCGCAACGAGCAGGUGGCUACGGAUAUGCGGUUGUGGCUGCGUGACGAGCUGCGCGCCAUUGAGAGCUGCCUCUGCGACCUGAUCAAGGUCUCUGUUUCCCGCGCCGAGCAGGAGAUCGAUUACCUCAUGCCGGGCUAUACGCAUCUGCAGAAGGCUCAGCCCGUCCGCUGGUCCCACUGGCUGCUGUCGCAUGCCACCGCCUUUGCCAGCGAGCUGCAGCGUCUGCGCGAGGUCAUCCGUCGUGUCAACCGCAGCCCGCUCGGUACCGGUGCGCUGGCGGGUAACCCAUUCCAGAUUGACCGCGAGGCCAUGGCGAAGGAGCUCGGGUUCGACGGUCUGCUGUACAACUCCAUGAACGCUGUAGCGGACCGCGACUUCGCUAUGGAGACCAUGCAGUGGGGCAGCUCGUUCAUGCUGAAGAUUUCGCGCUGGGCCGAGGAUUUGAUUAUCUACAGCAGUCUGGAGUUUGGCUUUGUGCGUCUGUCGGACGCUUACUCGACGGGAUCGUCGCUCAUGCCCCAGAAGAAGAACGCCGACAGCCUCGAGCUCCUCCGCGGCAAAUCCGGUCGCGCCUUUGGCCAAAUGGCCGGCCUGAUGUGCACGAUCAAGGGCCUGCCGACAACCUAUAACAAGGACCUGCAGGAGAGCGUCGAGCCCAUGCUGGACCAUGUCAAGACCGUCAGCGACAGCAUCCAGAUCGCCACCGGCGUGCUGUCCACCCUGACUGUCAUCCCGGAGAAGAUGACCGCCGCCCUGGCGCCGGAGAUGCUGGCUACCGAGAUCGCGGACUACCUCGUCCGCAAGGGCGUGCCGUUCCGUGAGGGCCACCAUAUCUCUGGUCGCGUGGUCGCGCUGGCCGAGCAGACCGGCGUCCCCAUGGACACGCUCUCGCUGGAUCAGCUUAGGAACGUUGAUGCGCGGUUCGGUGACGAUGUCCAGGCUUGCUUGGACUAUGAACGUGCCGUUGAGCUGAAGGAUGCUAUUGGUGGCACCAGCAAACGGGCGGUUAUUGAGCAGACCUCCGUGCUUAAGGGUCUGCUGUAG